UAAGCUAGGCAUGAUGAAACCAACAACCGUUCUUCUCCAUAACAUUAACACAACAACACAACCUCUUAUUUCUCUAUCGCCACACGUUAACAUCAGUAUAUUCACUCCUGCAUGAUCUCCACUUGUCCACACACCAAAAAUCUCCUCCGGAUUCUCUCUUCUCCUUUACCAAAUAUUCAUCUCAUAUCAAUCACACCCAUAACAUAACAUUCAUGGGAAGAGAUAAUCUUUGUGCAAAUAUGAGAGGUGGGUGCGUUUCACGUUUCAGAAACUCGUGCUCUCAGAUGGAGAAAUCCCUCAACGACGCCGUUUCCAAGAGCUUCCUCGGGAGCUACUUCAAGUUGGAAGCAAGGAAGAGCUGUUUCACAAGGGAGCUUCGUGCUGCUGUUGCCACUUUCCUCACCAUGGCUUACAUCAUCACCGUCAACGCCACCAUCAUCGCCGCCUCCGGCACCACCUGCUCCGCCGCCGACUGCUCCCCUCCGGCGGGCCCGGACUGCGUGGUGGGGCCCAACGUUGGGUAUGAGAGCUGCCUCGCACGGGCCAAGAGCGACCUUGUUGUGGCCACCGCUGUUUCGGCUUUGAUUGGGUCUGUUUCCAUGGGCCUGCUGGCUAACCUCCCUUUGGGCCUGGCUCCAGGUAUGGGGCCCAAUGCUUACUUGGCUUUUAACAUGGUUGGUUUUCACGGAACUGGGUCGGUUCCGUACCGAACUGCUUUGGCUGUGAUUUGUGUUGAGGGGAGUCUCUUUCUUUUUAUCUCUGCUGUUGGGCUGAGAGGGAAGCUUGCCAAGCUCAUUCCGAAUUCUGUUAGGCUUGGCUGUGCUGCUGGGAUUGGGCUUUUCAUCGCCUUCACGGGCCUGCAGGGUGGCCUCGGCGUUGGGCUUAUUGGGCCUGAUGCUUCCAAUUUGGUCACCCUCACAGCCUGCAAGUAUGUCAACCCUGAAACGGGGGCCUGCUUGGGUGGGAAGAUGCAAAGCCCAAAAUUCUGGCUGGGCUUGGUUGGCUUCCUCAUCACAUGUUAUGGGCUUAUGAAGAAUAUCAAGGGGAGCAUGAUUUAUGGGAUUCUCUUUGUGACAUUGGUGUCAUGGUUUAGACACACUGAGGUGACUUAUUUUCCUAACACCCCACUUGGUGAUGCAAAUUUCAACUAUUUCAAACAAGUGGUUGGUUUUCACAAGAUUGAGUCCAUUGCUGGGGCCCUUAGCUUCAAAGAGUUUAACAGAAAGGAAGUGUGGGUGGCUUUGGCUACUUUGUUCUAUGUAGAUGUGCUUGCCAUCACUGGCACAAUGUACACCAUGGCUGAGAUUGGUGGCUUUGUGGAUGAAAAAGGACAUUUUGAAGGUGAAUAUGUGGCAUACAUGGUUGAUGCAGGUAGCACCAUUGUGGGUUCUGCAUUGGGUGUGUCAACCACUGCAACGUUUGUGGAAUCUUCAGCUGGUUUGAGAGAGGGUGGUCGCACAGGGUUAACAGCGAUUUUCAUUGGGUUAUUCUUCUUUUUGUCACUGUUUUUCACUCCUCUGUUGACUAGUGUUCCUCCUUGGGCUAUAGGACCCUCCCUGGUGAUGGUUGGGGUGAUGAUGAUGAAGGUGGUGAAGGAGAUAGAUUGGACCAACACAAAGGAUGCAGUGCCUGCUUUUGCAACCAUGAUCCUCAUGCCUCUCACUUAUUCCAUUGCAAAUGGGAUCAUUGGUGGGAUUGGACUCUACAUUGCUCUUAGCCUCUAUGACUAUGCUGCAAGCAUUAUAAAUUGGUUGAGGAAGACGAGAAGAGUGGUGGUCAAGGAACAAAACCAAGUUUCUGCUACAGCUGGUGCUGACUCAGCAGUGGAGAUUAUAUGACAUGUUUGUGGGGUGCUUAUAGUCUUGAGAUCAAAUGUGGAAUUAUGGUAUUAUAUUUUUUAUUUUGAGGAUUGGACUUAUGAUCUUAGUUUUAGAACUCCUUGUUUAUAGAAUUUAGUUGAUAAUAUAUAGGUUCUAAGUUGAACUGCAUUCACAGUGUCAUCCUACAUAUAUUUUAGCAUAGUGUUAGGGUAGCCUAGCCUCAUGAGUAGAAACUUGACGCUUGUGAGGGUUGUUUGUAUUUAUUUAAAGUUCGAUGGAGAGUAAAAUUUGUGGUCGUAGUUUGCUGUACUGCCUUGUAAGUUAUAAUCUUAAGAGCGUCAUCA